UUGGUUAAAAUAUCACACGUCACUCUUAGAAAUCUUCUUCAUCCUCUUUCGAAGGUAUGCGUUUGAAAAACUGAGCUGGGUUUCAAGUCCAAUCUCAACGACAUGUCGUCGUCGUCGGCAAUUCCCGCCCUCACCCUAAUCUCUCUCUUGCUCCUCCUCUCCGCACUUUCCCAAGCUCAUGACACAGUCUGCAUCGUCGGCGCCGGCAUCGGCGGCGCUUCCGUGGCCCACUUCCUCCGCGAAUACUCUCCCUCCACUCUCAACCUCACGAUCCGAAUGUUCGAGCGAAACGGCGUCGUCGGGGGACGCAUGGCCACGGUCAACGUCUCCGGCGAGUUCUUCGAGGCCGGCGCCUCGAUUCUCCACCCCAAGAACUUCUACGCCGUCAACUACACCAGGCUGCUGAACCUCACCGUCAACAGUCCGUCCGAUGAUUCCGAGGGUUUUGGAAUUUGGGAUGGGGAGAAGUUCAUCUUCAAGACUCUGAGCGUGAAGUCCAAGCUUCCGUUUGUGGACAGGAUUGUUUCGCUGGCGAAUUCGCUGCUGCUGUUCGUCCGAUACGGCUACUCGCUCAUCAGAAUGAAUAGAUUCGUAGAUACUACUGUGAACAGUUUCUUGAAGUAUUAUGAGAGCUUAAAGACAAGGCCUGUUUUCGAGUCGGUGGAUGAGAUGCUUGAAUGGGCUGGUUUGCACAAUCUCACGGCGAGGACUUUGUCUGAGGAGCUGGCUGAUGCUGGCUUGUGUCCCUUGUUGAUACAAGAGCUUGUCACUGUCAUCACAAGAAUCAAUUAUGGCCAAAAUGUCAGUAUGAGUGGACUUGGAGGUGCGGUAUCAUUGGCAGGAUCUGGUGGAGGACUAUGGUCUAUCAAAGGAGGGAACUGGCAGAUGGCUUCUGGAUUGAUCAAUCGUUCAGAUGUUGCAUUGCAUCUUCAUGAAGAGAUAGAAUCUAUUUCUUCAAUUGGGGACUACUACGAACUUAACUCUACCAUGGGGAAUAGUUAUACAUGUGAUGUUGCUGUAGUUGCUACACCUCUAGAUGAGUUGAAUGUUGAAUUUACUCCUUCAGUUUCAAUUCCUAAAAGAGAGUUACAACAUACACAUGCAACUUUGGUUAGAGGCCUUCUAAAUCCUGUAUAUUUUGGCGUGAAUUCAGUGUCAGAACUCCCAGAACUGGUUGCCACGCUUGAGGAUCCUGAUCUUCCAUUCACAAGCAUCUCUGUUCUCAAGCAACAUGCCGGGAAUGAUAUCACUUACAAGAUAUUUUCUCGACAACCAAUGGCGGAGGCACUUCUAGAUAGUAUCUUCAGUGCGAGGACGGAGACAAUUCGAAUAAAUUGGGCUGCAUACCCUCAUUAUACUGCUCCUGAAGUAUUUGCACCGUUUAUCUUGGAUGGCCAGCACUUGUACUAUGUGAAUGCUUUUGAGAAUGCAGCAAGCACAAUGGAGACGAGCGCUGUUGCGGCUGAGAAUGUAGCAAGACUCAUCUUGUCAAGAUAUUUUAGUGGUGUGCCUUUGAGUUUGGAUUAUUCGAGCUCUGGUUCCAGUGGGGGAGGCGUUCAUGUAGAUCUGUGAAUUGGUUUACGCUAUCUCAAACUUGCUUGUAAUUAAGAUUAGGUGACAGUGUGACACAAAUGUAGGACAUUGUAAUUUCUUGCAAAAGUCAGAACCACUCAAAGAAAUUUGUUAUAAACUGUGAGAACUUUUAGCCAGAAGUGUAGUCCUUGGAAACCAAUAAAAACGGCAUUACAUUUUCAUGUACCUAUUUAAUCAAUGUAAUCCCGUACUGGUUCUUCCUCCAUCCACUUUGUAUUGCAAUGAAGGAGCAAAACUUUCGUUUUCCCAUUG